GCCUCUUGCUUGGCCACAUCUUUCUUUCUUUCUUUCUUUCUUUCUUGUUGGUUGACGUCCAAGCAACUUCCGUAGGAAUAUUAAAAUUCUGAGCACGUCUCGAGUCUCCGAGCGGCUCGGAGUGUCUGAGAGACUUUAUUGGACUGAAGAAAGCUGGUGAUAUUUACACAGGACAUGUAGCCCUGAAGAAAAAAAUGUCACAUUUUAUUAACUUUUAUGCCUCCAUGUGGACAGGAGAGCUUUCAGGCUUGGGGUGAGUUUCAUCACAUCAAGGACUUUACCUGGAAAUUAGACAGCACAGGGGAUACCAUGGAUACCGAGCUGACCGUUUUGUUUUUUUUAUCUAUGGUCAUGGUUUCCUUUCAUUAUCACAGCUGACCUUCAUGUGCAGAGACUCACACAAAGACAAGGAGCAAAAGGAAGUAAAUCAGUCAGCCAGCCAAUCACGCGCACCUCCGGAUUGAUUUAUUUAAUCCAAGCUCAAUAUGGUUAUGCUUUGCAUGCUGAAAAUAUGCCAAAAGCUUGAGGAGUUGAAGAGCUUGGAUUCUUACCAAUACCCAGAACACCCACCCAUCCUGAGCGCACUGGAGUGUUAGGAGGGGCGUGAGAGCCUCAUACCAUCAUCCUGCAGGUGGCUGCAAAGGAGACAUGAGGAGGAUGCUGGGAUUCGUUUAUUUCACCCCCUUUUAUACCUCCAUGUUAUACCAGCUCUGCUCCGGAGACGUGACUUCAUCCUGAGACUGAGGGGGGAAAAAGGGGAUGCCGUAAGAAUGCGUCAUUGAGAAGCCAAAGGAAUAGAGAGACAGUUUGAAAUCCGGUGGAAAGAUGAAAUUUCAGUGGUUAGAUUUAGAUGCCCCUUCACCAUUUCUGGAUAUAAGGCUUUUACAAGGUAAAGAUGACCAUUCCUUUUGACCUGACUGAAAUCGGAACCCAAACCGAUCUCCAGACGGAUUUAACACAUGGACGACCAUGACGUCCAACACUGUAUGUACCACCUGAUUAUGCUAAGUUGAACUGAGUAAUAAACACAAGAGCGGUUCACAGCAGAUGCGUAAUGGUGCCUGCUGAAGAAAACCUCACAGCUGUGUUGAACCUGGACAGCUGUCUGAACUGCACCCAGCCAUCCGUAUAUGAUGUCAACCUUCCAAAGGUGGUGACCAUGGUGGUGGUCUUUAUGUUUUUUGCUGUGUUUGGAGUGAUGGGUAACGUGCUGGUCAUCGUGUCCGUUGCGUGCCACAGACAACUCCGUUCAGUCACGCAUUGCUUAAUUGCCAAUUUAGCUGUCGCUGAUCUUCUGCUCAGCAGCGUGGUCGUUCCACUGUCGGCUUCGUCCGAGGCACUGGGACGCUGGGUGUUGGGCCGGGCUCUGUGUGGCGUGUGGGCGUCGUUCGAUGUCCUGUGCUGCACCGCAUCCAUCUUUAACCUCUGCGUCAUCUCCGUGGACCGCUGCUUGGCUGUCAGCUAUCCACUGCGAUACCCAUGUCUCGCCACAAGUAGGCGUGCUGUCAGUGCCAUGGUGGCUGUCUGGGUGGCAUCGGCUGGUAUUUCUGUCGGACCUCUGUUCGGCUGGAGAGAGCCGAUGCCUGACGACGAAUCGGUGUGCAACGUCAACGAAGACCCGGGUUACGCCAUUUUCUCAGCCUCCUGCUCCUUCUACGUUCCCCUCGCUGUGAUAUUAGUCAUGUACUGUAAAGUCUUCAUGGUGGCACGCAGGAAAGCAAGAAGUCUCACUGACGGGCAGUGGCACAGUGGCGUAAAGGGCGGGGUGGCCUUCAGGAUCCACCGUGGUAAUGCUCAGAGGUGCCAUGCUGAGAGAGGAAAGGAAGAGGAGGGAAGUAGGAAAUGUCGCUCUUAUGGUGCACUUGUGAAGCUGCUCACAUUCUCCAGGGAGAUGAAAGCGGCGAAGACCCUGGGCAUAGUGGUGGGCUGUUUCAUCCUCUGCUGGCUGCCCUUCUUCCUCGUGCUGCCCAUCAGCUCCAUCUUCCCGUCUCACAGACCCUCAGACACGGUGUUUAAGAUCACCUUCUGGCUUGGAUACUUCAACAGCUGCCUGAACCCCAUCAUCUACACCUGCUUCAGCCAGGAGUUCAAAAAAGCCUUCCAGAACGUUCUUAAAGGCCUCUGCUUUCACAGAUCCACCACCACCACCACUGCCACCCAUCUGACCCAAAUCUCCCCCCAUCCUGCCCCGCCCUCUCAUCCUGUCACUCCUUCUACCUCUCGGUUUAUUCACACAGGGGUGAGUAAAAGCCUUCUAAAGUACUGCUGCUUCAGCACCGAAGGCACAACCAGCAGCGCCGGGACUCAUCACGUCCUCGUGGACAUGAAAGGCGUGACAAGGGGACAGGCCGUGUGAGACGUGACCAGUGUGACCGGUGCAGAUGCAACUGGGUUCACAAGUCGACUAGUACAAUUUAGCAUCAAUUAUAUACAGCUUAAAGACUGUUUAUACUGAGAUACUGACAAAAAAAGAAAAGAAAAGAUUAUUCUUUCUUUUCUGAUGUACAUGUCUGUGCUUGUACAUGUGGAUGGAUUCUUGCUUAUCUGUGAUCCUAAAAUUAGCAUUUUUUGGUAGUUUGUUAACAAA